CCGUUGCGCAUGGCAUUCGCACAAGAGCAUUACAUCCCUUAUCCCUUUAUAUCGCGAGCCAUACGACCCCCUCGGCGUCGUCUAUCGCGGUUGCACGGUCCGCAGCGGCACGUAGUCGACGGUCUCGUCGUCGGAUGUCCGUGUAAUUACAACGAUCCGUUAUCAUGCCGUCGGUUCGCAAGAUGAUCCUGGACCACGUUAUGUCCGGCUUGUACAACAAGAUGUGCCGCCGGAAGAAGCUGGAGGGCGACUUGCUCGAGACCCCGUUGAAGAGGUGUCUCUCCACCUUCGACAUCACGUUGCUCGGCGUGGGUCAUAUGGUCGGCGCUGGAGUUUACGUGCUGACGGGAACGGUCGCCCGCGACAUCGCUGGACCCGGGGUGAUCUUUAGCUUCCUCGUGGCUGGUUUCGCUUCCGUUCUGGCUGCGCUUUGCUACGCCGAACUGGCCGCCCGAGUGCCGAAGGCGGGCAGCGCGUACGUCUACACUUAUGUCUGCGUCGGCGAAUGUUGGGCCUUCAUCGUAGGAUGGAACCUCAUCUUGGAGCACAUGAUCGGUGCAGCAUCAGUGGCGAGGGCUUGGAGCGGAUAUGUGGAUUCGUUGGUCGGCGGUGCGAUUGGCAAUUAUACUCGCGACAUGAUGGGUGGAUGGACCAUGGGAGAGCCGCUGGGCGCCGUCCCGGAUUUUCUGGCUAGCGGAUUAUGCCUGGCUUACGCGUUACUUUUGGGAGUAGGUGUGAAGACCUCGGCGACGGUGAACUCGUUGCUGACUAUUAUCAACCUCGCGGUGAUGGGACUGGUCGUCAUUUUGGGUAUUUAUUACGCGGACAUUACGAACUGGAGCAGUCAGAACGGUGGUCUUCUGCCAUAUGGUUUCGCCGGCGUAAUGGCUGGUGCAGCAACAUGUUUCUACGCCUACGUCGGCUUCGAUUCGAUCGCGACUUCCGGAGAGGAGGCUCGCGAUCCGGGACGGAGCAUUCCGCUGGCGACGAUACUCUCGAUGGCGAUAGUGACCGUUGGAUACAUGCUGGUCAGCGGCGCCCUGACCCUGGUCGUGCCGUAUUGGGAGAUUAGCCCUACCGCUGCUCUUCCGGAAGCCUUCUCGUCCAGGGGUAUCCCGUGGGCUAAAUAUGUGAUAAGCGUGGGCGCCCUUUGCGGAAUGACGACGACUCUCUUCGGAUCCCUGUUCUCCCUCCCGAGGACGAUGUACUCCAUGGCGAACGACGGUCUGUUAUUCGGCUUCCUCGGUCGUAUCAACGAGCGCACGCAAGUGCCGGUGUGCAAUCUGAUCAUAAGUGGACUGUUCAGUGCCUUAAUCGCUCUACUAUUCGAUCUCCACCAUCUGGUGGAGUUUAUGUCGAUGGGGACUCUGCUCGCGUACACCAUCGUGGCGAUUAGCGUUAUCCUGCUGCGGUAUCUGCCCGAGCAUCAGCCGUCCGAGCAUCAAGCGAGCGUCGCCGGUACGCCGAGCAGCGGUUGCUCCUCGCCACCCACGGAGGAAGCGGACUCCAGCAGCAUCGCGUCCGUCAAAUCCGAAUUGCUGUGCGAAGGAUCCGGCAGAUUCAAGCCGCGAUACGCCUGGCUGGAGGACUUACUGGGGGAUUACGAUAUUCGAUUUGUCAUAACCAUGUGUCUACUUAUCUACACGGCAACCUGCACCUUCCUCAGCACUUUUAUGAUGAUAUCACUCGAUACGACAGUCCCGUUCAUGAAGAGCGACUACUUGUUUAUAGCAAGCUAUUUCCCGCUAUCUAUCGCGUGUCUUUUCGUAAUUGGUGCCCACAAGCAAAAUCCACCCAAUGGAAAAUUCCGAGUGCCGCUGGUGCCCUUGAUACCAGCGUUAAGUAUUCUCUUCAACAUCGGUCUGAUAAUGCAUCUGUCGCAAAUGACGUGGCUACGGUUUUUCGUAUGGAUGACAGGCGGAAUGAUGAUCUACUUUCUAUACGGCAUCCAUUAUAGUAAAGAGGCCGCCGCUACUCCAAACUCAUACUCCGUUCUAAUGGCUACCUCAGAAGCCGAGAAAGGCACGAAAUGGGGAUCUACGUUACGAGUCAGUCCGAAAAAUGACAAAUCACCUAUUCUGAGCGAGGAUGUUGACUAGAAAUAAGUCAUAUAUAUUUUUAUCAAUUGUUUCCCUUAUCCAGUUCGCCAGUGGAGCCGCGGAAGUAGCUUGAAUUUUUUAAACUGAAAUAACUAUUUAAGCUGUCGACAACGAAACAUUACACGUAAGACUGUAACGCAAUGCGAGUUAUAACGUAGGCUGCUGGUGCAUCGGAGUAUACCUUUAAUAUUCAACAGCUCUUUAUUAACGCACAAUUAAUGCAUCCGGUUACAAUGCCACAAUGUGUUAUUCUUUUAUAUAUCGAAAAUCUGUUCUGUAUUUUUCGUUUACCGGCCACAUUUUUCCACUUCGGCGGCUCCACUUUAUAUGUUGCUUGAAAUUCAAAGUUUAUGGAGCAUAUAUUUUGUAAAUAUUGACCUCAGAGGAGCUUUUUAGCUCGUGCAUUUUAAAGUUUCCUUGAGAAAGUUUUUGUCUGGUACAGAAAAACUAUUUUUGGUACUUAGCUCUUGUUCGACUAAUCAUAUGAUAGCGAUCCCUACUAUAAUUUUAAGCUCAUAUUCUUACUUCUUAACGAAUCAACGAAGUAUUAUCGUUCUUUCUUUUUUAAAUGAUUAUUGCUAUUAAAGUCGCAAAAUUAAGCAAUGUGUUUAAUACGAAACAUUACGUUUCGUGUUGUUAAUGCUUAACGAACUUGGAGAGAAAUGUAACUUAUCUUUCAGUACAUCUGUUAUAUAUUUUACGCACAAACAUCGAUGAAAACUCGUCAUUUCUCUCAUUACGUGUAGCUUUAUUUUAGCGUAAGUAUCGAUUAAGGAUAUAGAUAAAAAUUAUUUCUUCCGUCAUGACAAGAAUAAUCAAGUUUUCUCACGUUAUCCAAUUAUAUUCAAAUUCAAUAAGCAACAGUUUAUACUCUCAUUUGGCAUAAAUUUACAUUUGCGCGAUUUAAUCUAAAAAUAAAAAAGAAAUUUAUGAAUUUCUCAAUGUUUAGAUUAAAAUUAUUUAUAUUACACGUUAAAAAAUGUGUAUACUACUUGUUUUCUUGAUUCACUAGUCAGUUAAUUAACAGAAUUAAUAAUAAUGCCGUAAAGAAUAAUUAGAGCGUAACACGUUUCGCGAAAGAUUUAUUCUGUAAUAGAUGCUAUUUAAAUAAUGUAUUAUCAUUUACUUAUCUAUAAUUAUCUAUAAUUGCCUUUAUUAAUCUAAUAAUUUGUGUGCAUUGUGUACGCACACAUACUGUGCGUAAAGUAUAAUUGCAUGAUGUUACGUGGAAAGUAUCUAUAUAACAAUAUACGUAAUAUCGAUGUGUUAACGAUAGAGAUAUCGUUAAGAUGCUAUAAAAGACAAAGGGCAUGCUUAAACGUAUAGUUCAGUAUGCAAGUUGAAUUUAUUUAUUAAGAGUCGUUUAUAUUCUUUUGAUGUAAAAACAAAUGAUAAAUAUAGAUGAGCAAUGCAAAGUCUUCAAAGCAGACAGACGAUGUAUAUUCCGCAACUGAUGAUUACUAUUGCAAUUAUAUAAAACACAUUCGGACCGUUUCUUGUACGGAAUGAUCUCGAACAUUGAUCAAAUGAACGAUUGAAAGUCCAAUUGUUUAUUUAUAAAAAAAUUUCUUAGCGAAUAAUUCUCCUCAUCUCUGUCUUCAAUUACUGAAACUUGACUUGACAAACUCCUGCAUGUAGAUGUAAAGUAAUCCGUGCGAUCGAAAAUCUACAUUCCUCACGAUGAUACAAAUGUAACAACGUUCGUACAAUUGAUUCUCGUUAUAAUAGUGCACGAUAUUGUCCUUAUGCAACACAUUAACCGUUAUAGUAUCCACGCGAAUGACGUCUACCUACAGAGAUAUAUCUAUAUAUAAUGAUACGACUAUAUACCUGAUUAAACUCGUAUUCAUACCUGAUAA